AUGGAAGAAAACCUAAAAGCUAUAGUUCCACAUCAGUUUGGUGGUCAUAGUUUGUGUAAUGCAAGGUUUUGUGGUUACAAACGGAAGCCUGGUUCCAGCUACACACAUCGUAGCCUUCCAUAUAAAACUUCACUCCAGGACAGUAAUCUCAGACAAAAAUUACAACAGUUGUUUGAUCCAAUAAUAUAUAAUGCUGGUCACUAUAUAGAUCUUGGUUCGAGCCAACAAUGUGAGCACGCAAACAAAGAGGUCACACUAAGAGCACCUAAAAGUCAUCACUAUGGAAACUCCAGUAGUCUUGAUUAUCGUGUCCAUGCAACAGCAGCAUUCAUAAAUGAAGGAAGGCAUUAUAUUUCUAAGGGUUACUCAAUGUUGGGUCUUUCACCUGGGACUCAUACAGUUCGUCAUGCAGAGAAAUGUAUGAAACAGCGGGAAAAAAAGAGAGAAAAGGCAAAAUCCCCCUCCACCAAACUUAGACGAUUGUUGUUAAAACAGGAACGGGCCACUAAUCAGGGUGCAAAUGAGGCACUGGAAGGAGAUACAUAUCAGUCUGGUAAGUUUAUAUGUAGAACACUUUAGAACAUAUUAUAAUGCAUAUGAUGUAUAUAUACAGAGAACAUGUAGUACACAUGAAUGUAGGGGCGUCCA